AUGGCAGAAUCAAAGCGACCCUCGAGGCUCAAGCGAAUCAUGGACAGACUUGGGUUGAAGUUGAACCUCCCGACCAUCUUUUUAAUGGCCAAGUAUGUUCUCUUUACACCCUUCAGCGCAUAUGGAGGGGGUGCUGUCGCUCCUACGAUCGGUCUUGCAAUAUAUCAGAGCGACCGUGUCGCAAAUCACUACUCUACCAUCGGAUAUCUCAUCCCUAUUAUGUCAAUAUUCGUCGUACCGAUCAUGCCCCGAGCCAGGUUUCUCCAGGGUCUCUUCGUCACUUGUUUUCUGACAUGUUUUGCUGCUGCUAUUUCACUUCUCUUCAUGUGGACUGCGAUAAAGGCUCGAGAGAACACGACCCAUUUAUCGGCCGAACAACAAAGCAGUGGCCCUGUCCCUGGCGCCGAGGUAGUCCCAUACAAUGCGGCAGCCAGCGCAUGUUUGGCAGUCUGGUUCUUUUUCUGGCUGUGGGCGUUCAACACCUUCCGUGCAUACAGGCCUCAAUACUUCCUGCCCCUGAUCGUCUUCUCAAUUUUUCUCAACAUCACUGCAACGUACGGCUGCGUCUUCCCUACGAUGGAACAAGCGUACACUCUGACUAGGCGCCUACUUGACACUUUCUUUGUCGGUUUCGGCAUUGCAACUGCCGUGCAUUUCAUAGUACUACCGGUCACAUCACGAGAUCUGGUUGGUCUUAUCUUGAACGAAUAUCUGCAUUACCUUAAGUCGGUCCUGGACGCACAAGCCCAGCUUAUUCAUUCACUCCCCUCUCGUGAGACUGGUGGCAAUCACGUUCGCGUUGUUGGGAGCGAGAGUGACAGCAACCUUUCUGAAGACGCGAACUCAGCAUGGCCGGAAGCGAGUAUGUGGAGGAAAGCCAUUGCAGCAGCCACCGAGUGUCAGGUCAAGAUCCAGUCGGAGCUCCGCUAUGUCAAACGGGAGUUUGCCUACAGUAAACUGAGAGCAGGAGACUAUGAAUGUGUGACAAACAUGCUGCGAAAUAUUCUGGUUCCAUUAGGUGGUGUCGAGACCAUCAUUCAAGCCAGUAAUCGUGUCGAGAAGAUGGGAGGAUGGUCAGCCAUGGAAUUGCCCAAGGGUGUUGCUUCAGCUCUUGGCGAGCCUGCGGACGAGAAAGAAUCAUGGACCUGGCUAUUUGGACAAUUGAGGCAGCCCUUGCUGACCUUGAUGGCUGCAAUGGUUGAAGGUCUUGACUACGCAUUUCUCACUCUACAGUUCACUCGGAAGCCGAUGUUUAGCACCAAGGCCGAAUUCGAAGCACGGGCAGCCGAGUGUCCGGAUGGGAAAGGGUUUGCCAGAUACUUGGAAAAGUCCAUUGACGACUUUUUGAAGGCACGGGAAGCACCCUUGAGACAAUGGUGCCAGAUUAAUGGAUUGGAGAGCCUCACCAAACAUUCUUCAGGACAAAUGGGUUUUCAGCGCCAGCGCUCCCAGCUAUAUCUUGUUCUCGAUUUCGAGUUUUCCUUCAUAAAGACCGCCCAAGCCAUUCUUGAUCUUGUCCGGUUUGCAGAUUCGAAAAUCGAAGACGGGACAAUGAAGCACAAGCGCCUUAUUGUGCCCACGUGGAAAGUUCUGAGAAACUGGGCUGCGUCACUGGUCACGCGAGAAGACAGCAAUCUGGACUACCAGUCAUACAGCUACCGCAGUGGCACUCCGACCGUCUACCUAGGCGACGCUCUAGGAGUGGAAAGAGAUCCCGAGCAUCUACCUCCUGAGAGCUGGUGGGAGAAAUUUACCGACUACUUCCGGAUUAUCCCCAAGAUCUUCGGCUCCAAGGAAUCAUGGUUCGGCUUCAAAGUGGCCACGGGCACCAUGUUCAUCGCAGUGACAGCCUACCUCAGAAACUCGCAACACUUCUACAUCCAACAGCGCCUUAUAUGGGGAGCGCUCGUGGUUGCAAUCAGUAUGACCCAGACCGCUGGCUCAGGUAUGUACGGCCAAUCUAUGAGGGUGUUCGGCACCUUUCUGGCCAUGGUCUUCUCGUACAUCGACUGGUACAUCGUCAACGGCGAUACUGCUGGAGUCAUUGUUUUCUUCGGCGUCACCAUGUUCCUCUACCACUAUCUUCUGAUCACGAAGCCAGAUGACCCUGUCAUACCAAUGAUUGGAAUGAUCACCGUCUGCCUGAUCGUAGGGUAUGAACUCCAAGUCAAACAGGUCGGACUGGCAAUCUCGGAAUCAAACGGGCAGGUCUUUCAUCCAAUCUACGAGUUGGCGCCGUACAGAUUGGCAUGUGUGCUUGGUGGUGUCGGCGUGGCUUGUCUUCUGACGUACUUCCCGUCGGUAACGACUGCCAGAAGCGAGAUGCGAAGGGACUUGGGCAAUACUUUGUACUUGCUUGGCCAUUACUACAGUCUCACGCACAAGUCGGUAGCACUUCGGUUGAAGGGCCUGGAGGGGGACGUCCAGGACAAGCACAGUCCCAUUCGACGGGUGGAGAAGGUCCGCGUCAAGCUCUUCGCCAAAGAACUGAUCUUGAUCCAAGCGAUGAAGAAUCAUCUGCAUUUCAUCAAGUGGGAGCCUACCUUUGGUGGUCGGUUUCCCAAGGAAUUGUACGAGAGGUUGCUCAAUCAUACGCAGAACAUGCUCCGCUUCACGGGCAUGAUCGCGUACGUUACCAAGACAUUCAAAGAGUUACCUGAUGAUGCGCACGUGGAGGGAGACGCGAACACAUGGCUUCAGGACUUCAAGAAUGUUGUCGCAUCGCUAGAAGUCACCUCUCACCACGUCACGUCGAUGCUCGCUAUACUUUCUGGUGCGAUCGGCACUGGGAAGCCAUUACCUCCGUACUUGAGGGCUCCGGAACGGUAUCGCCUAGGCGAAAUGUUGACUUCGGUAGAUGCGGAUAUCCUGAACACCAGACACGUUUGUGAGCCGGGCUACUCGGCCUUCGCUGUGAUGCAGGUGUCCACGACUAUGUUGGCGGAGGAUUUGGCGGAUUUGUUGGCCGAUGCGAAGAAAUUGGUGGGCGAGGCUGACUUUGAGUUGGAUGUCGUUCAAAGAGACUACGAGAAGGAGGUUGGGUCGGGGCCUGUUGCGGGUGCGGCGGCUGCCAGGUCCAAGGAGGAUUGAUGAGUUGAUGACUGGUGGUUGAUGGGCAUGGUGCAUCAGGAUGAGUUACUGCGUUGUCCUUGAAGCUGGUUUCUAGCAAAAGUGGCACUGUCUGAUUCUUGGGACUUGUCAAGUACAUUGUAAUAUAACUGCUUAUUAGCUUUCUGGAGUUUUCUGUACAUUAGGCCGUACCUUAGAGCAAUGACACUUGGAAGGCCAGCAUUCCUAUCAGUAUCA